AUGAGACUUUAUCAAGAGGCAGUUGCUGUAAGAAAUAAGACCAUCUUUGUCAGCAAUCUCCCUCGCCCAACUAAAAUUCAAGAUCUCAUCGAUUUAUUAAAAGAUGUUGGAAAAGUUGUUCAAGUUCGACUUCUUAUAGACUGUGAGGGCAACCAAAUUGGCGAUGGCGAUGGCGAUGUUGAGUUCACUUCUGCUGAAGAAGCAGAGAAGGCGUUAAAAAAGAAGUUUUUGCACGAUCAAGGAAUUUCUCUUUUAUCGUCUGAGGGAUUUCCAGACCCUCGGAAGGAUUUGAUGGAGCUCAUGAUCUUGCUUUGGAAGUAUCCUUAA